AUGGCUGCCGUCAACCUUUCCAACUCGCCCAUUACCCAGGUUUCCCAAACCCAGACCCCCGUCCAGAACAACCUCCAGCCCCAGCUCCUCACCCGCCUCCUUCUCGAUCUCCGCGGCAAGCGGUUCACCGUCGAACGCGAGAACAUCCUCUCUCUCCCCGAGUCGGUUCUUCUUUGCCUUUUCCCGAACGGCCUCGUUCUUAGCCGCCAGAGUGCCGCCCUCUCCGAUGGCGGAAACGACGACGAUUAUGAGGAGCUUUACGGCGUAGACUUCGACCCGGAGUGCUUCGACUACGUCCUCAACUUCUUCCAGCACGCCCGCGAGGACUUCUACGGCACCACCGCCAACCCGGGCGGCCUCCUUGCCGCCCAGCAGUCCCUCCUCGAGGGCUCCUCCCCCACCUCCGACUUCGGUCCGUCCCCGUCUUCGCAGAACCCACUGCUCUCCAAGCAGGCGAUCAUCGUCCUCCGCGAGGAGCUCGAGUACUUCUCCAUCCCCCCGCGCAACGGCGAAGAGGCCACCGACGCACGCGGCAUCGCCAACGACGCGCUCCUCGACCUCAAGAAGGCCUCCGGCCGCUACCUCCUCCACAAGCGCAACAUCUUCACCGCGCUUCAGCGGAACGUGAACAAGGAAAACAACCUCGCCGAGCAGCACCUGAUCGACAUGCUCUGCAUGAGCGGAUUCGACCGGGAGGACGAGUGGGGCUACCGCGCAAUGGAGCCGUCGCGUUGCUGCAUCUCUUCGAUCGCGCUCGUGCUCCUCAAAACGGGCAUCGUGCACUCGUCGAACGCUGCGGGCGAGCGCCAGGUCACGGUCGACUACAACCAGAUGGCCACUGCGCAGAAGCUGCUUCUGUUCUGGAGGAAACCCGCGCGCAAGUGCUGGUGGGAUGGUAUCGAGGUUGACGUUGCCGAGCCUGGGGAACAGGCGAGGAUCAUCAAGCUUUGGGCGCGGCGGGUGUGGACACUGGAGCUCAGCCUGGUGCGUCUUCACGGCUUGUCCUCCCGUUACGGAAGCCUCACGCGACCUCACGCUUCUUCAUUCGCAGGUAUGACGCACGGACAGGCCCGGGACGGACACUCUCACUCUGCAUGUGCUUUUUAUAUGAUUUGCGUUGGAUACCCUGAUCCAUUAAGGAUGUAUGAUACCUCCUCCCACACACUCGGAACGUUCCUACCAACCCGUGCCUGCCGUCGGGCGCACGGUGCUUCCUCAACCGCGUGCCAGAGCCAUCGUUUGAGUUAA